UUGCAGAAGUCCUUGCUACUUAGUUUUGCCAUUUUUCUAACAGAACAAAAAAUGAGAAUGCCUGUUCCAGAAUCUAGGAAGAAUGAAAGUGAAGAGGAGGUAGAAGAAAGCGACGAUGAAAAGGUAUUUCUUAAGCCUGUUGUUGAAGACAGAAACAUGGCAUUGGCUAGAAAGUGUACUGAAAUGAUAAGUGAUGUCCACUAUAAAGAAGAAUUCAAAAAAUCUAAAGGGAAAUGCUUAUUUGUACCAGAUACUCCUCAGCUCACUCACGUGAAAAACCUUUCUGCUUUUAUUUCCGAAGCAAAAUACAAAGAACGUGCAAAGAAAGAGCUUUCCAACUCACUGUACAAGGAGAUGCCAGCUACAAUAGAUAGUGUAUUUGCAAGAGAAGUUACACAACUACAGAGCAAGGUUCUCUACAAGCAGAAACAUGAUGCUGAGAAGGCAGCAUCAAACUAUGCACAUAUGAAGGAGCCUCCAGAUGUUAAGCAUGCCAUGGAUGUUAAUAAACACCAGAGUAAUGUUUCGUAUAAGAAAGAUCUGCGUGAUAUUCAUAAAUACACUGAAGUCCUUCAUAGACCAGAUGUGACAAUGGCAACCCGGCUAACAAAGAUAAUAAGCAAUGUGGAAUAUGCGAAAGGAAGCCGAGGAAUGAGUAAGGAGUCUUGUGUCCUUGGAAGACCAGACUUCAACCAUGCUAAAGAAGUUUCCAAAUUUUUAAGCCAAGCUAAAUACAAAGAGCAAUUUGUUAAGGAUAUGAAGAAUCACUCUUUCAAUCCUUUGGAAAGUGCCUCUUUCAAGCAAGCACAAAUUGCAUCUGCCUUAGCAAGUAAUGUGAAGUACAAAAAAGACCUGGAAAGUCUCCAUGAGUCAACAUCUCCUCUUCCAAACUUACUGCAUUUAGAACAUGUUUUGAAUGCUAGCAAAAUCCAUAGUAAUUAUGAAUAUAAGAAACUGUUUGAAAAAAGUAAGGGACUGUAUCAUUUUGCACCAGAUACAGUUGAUCAGCUGCUCCACAAAGAAAAUGCAGUUCUUCAAAGUCAGGUUAAGUAUAAAGAAAAAUAUGAAAAAUCUAAAGGCAAGUCAAUGCUAGAGUUUUCAGAUACACCAGCAUACCAAGUUUUGAAGCAAGCUCAAAGGUUUCAAAGCAAGAAAAUGUAUCGACAAGAUUUUGAAGAUAAACUCAAAGGAAAGGCAUCAUUGGAUUUAGACAAGACUCCAGAAUUUUUGCAUGUGCAAAAUGUUACCAAACUGUUGAAAGAGAAGGAAUACAGAAAAGAUCUGGAAAAUGAAAUAAAAGGGAAAGGAGUUAAGCUCAUUUCAGAAACUCCUGACAUUCAAAGAGCAAAGAGAGUGUCUGAAAUGGUUAGUGAGAAGGAAUACAAAAAAGACCUAGAGACUGAAAUUAAAGGGAAAGGUAUGCAAGUUGGUACAGAUACACCUGAAAUGCAGCGAGCUAAGAAAGCAUCUGAAAUUGCAAGUCAGAAAGAAUACAAGAAACAUCUAGAAAUGGAACUUAAAGGGAAAGGGAUGCAGCUGAGCAUGGACAUUCCUGACAUUCAACGAGCUAAGAAAGCUUCUGAAAUUGCAAGUCAGAAAGAAUAUAAGAAAGAUCUGGAGACUGAAAUAAAAGGAAAAGGAAUGCAAGUGGGCCCAGAUAUCCCAGAGAUACAGCGAGCAAAAAGAGCUUCUGAAAUAGCCAGCCAAAAGAAAUAUAAGGAUGAAGCAGAGAAGAUGCGUUGUUCCUAUUCUGCUAUACCAGAUACCCCUGAAAUGGAAAGGAUUAAAAGCACUCAGAGAAAUAUUAGUACUGUGUUCUAUAAGAAGGGAGUAGAUGCUGGCACAGCAGUAAAAGAGACUCCUGAGAUAGAGCGAGUAAAGAAAAAUCAGAAAAAUAUCAGUACAGUUUACUAUAAAGGGCAGCUUAGCAAAGCUACUUCUGUGAGUGUCACUCCUGAAAUUGAGAGAGUCAAGAAGAAUCAAGAGUUUAUCAGCUCGGUUAAGUACAGCAGUGAUCAGCAAAAGAUGAGAGGUAGACCUAGUGUGAUUCUAGACACACCUGAGCUAAGGCAUGUGAAAGAGACACAAAACAACAUCUCAAUGAUCAAAUACCAUGAAGAUUUUGAGAAGACAAAAGGCAGAGGUUUCACACCAGUAGUUGAUGAUCCUGUGACUGAACGGGUGAGAAGAAAUACCCAGGUGGUUAGUGAUGCUGCAUAUAAAGGGGUUCACCCACAUAUAGUUGAAAUGGAUAGAAGACCUGGAAUCAUUGUGGACCUCAAAGUUUGGCGUACAGAUCCUGGCUCCAUCUUCGACAUUGAUCCCCUAGAAGAUAAUAUUCAGUCUAGGAGUCUACAUAUGAUUUCGGAAAAAGCAAGACGCUAUAGUAAGCAACAUUUCCAUUCUACCAGUACUUCUGUUGUUGGAGAAGAUAAGUCGGAUGGUUCUAUAUUUUCUUAUUCUAGUGAGGUAACAAAGCCAUCUAAUGAAGAAGCACCUGUGCUUCCUGGGGCAUAUCAACAAACUCAGCCUCAAGGAUAUGGUUACAUGCACCAGACUAGUGUGUCAUCUAUGAGGUCAAUGCAUUCACAGCCACAUUCAGCUAGCUUGAGAACAUACAGGGCUAUGUAUGACUACAGUGCCCAAGAUGAAGAUGAAGUUUCCUUCAGGGAUGGUGACUACAUCAUAAAUGUACAACCAAUUGAUGAUGGUUGGAUGUAUGGUACUGUUCAGAGAACUGGAAAAACUGGAAUGCUUCCGGCAAAUUACAUUGAGUUUGUUAAUUAAUACUAUUAGUUCCCUUGAGAUUUUAUUCUGAUUUGCUUACUCUUUACAAAAGUACUUUUAAGACUACACCUUCAUUACUUCCCUGUUAAUGUAACUGUCUGUGCUCAUAUGCUGAAGUCAACAGGUCCUCUAAGAAAUUGAAGAAACACUGAGCUCCCAAAGUAUGCUGCUUAAAUUUAUCUAUAAAAACAGUCUGUCAGUGGAAACCUGGUGCUUCUAAUCACAUUGAGGUUUCUAUCAAUUAGCUCCCCAAUGUAAUUCUGCCUUUAUUGUAGGUCAAAGUUAGCUUUUAAGUUAUAACCAUAAGCAGCUGUUGCAUUUCAUUUGCGUGACUUUGAAAUUGUAAGAGACCAUAGUUUUGCUGUUAAGGUUCAAGCCAUUAAAAGCCCAAGUGAAUUGAAUCAUUCAGAUAUUUUUGUCGUGAUGAAUGCUGUGCUCAACAGUUGCUUACUACUGCCAGGCAGCCUUAAAAUAAUUUGUAUCUUACUCUUAAUGGUGAAGGUUUCCCAACACAUAGUUGUCUAGUCUACUGUGUAUUUCUCCAAAACUUUCAUUUGCUCUCCCACCACUUGUCAGUCUUCUCAAACCACUGGUUGUGAAUGAGUUAUGAUAUAGCAGUGCCUUUUUGCACAGCUGGAGACAAUUUUAGGAUGCAUGUAAUGCCUAGAUUUUAUAUUUUGUUUAUGCCAGCCUUUUCUAUUUUCCCUUGUAUUAACAGUGUUUAUAUAGAAAUGCCUAUCUUCAAAGCACUUUACAAGUAACAAUGAUCUCUUUUCUUUUGUUAGCAGUCUGGCUUGGCAAACUUACAAUACAGGGACUUGUGAUAGCAAAACACUUUGCUUGUAAUGGUAUGGUAAUGGGGUGUGUAUGUGGUGCAGGUUAUAGCAUGAAUUUGGACUUUUGUUUAGGGCCUGAUUUGGCAAGCAAUAUGAUUUUUCUGAGGCUUAAUAGAUGAAAAAUAUGUAGAUAAAAAACUAAAAUUUCUAUGCUUAUGAAUAUAAAUAAUUGAAUUAUGGCAUCCUUCUGGGAACUUUACCAUCACAAAAAGUGGGGAAAAUACAUUUUAUUCUAUAGCACUUCUAAAGUACUAUUAAUUGACUUAGUGGUAAUUAGCAUUAAUGGAAUAAAAUGUUUCUUUAAAAAGGGUUCUUAAAUUCAGUUUUUAAUCUUCUAUCAUAACAUCUGGGAAAUGCUUUGAGCAAAGAUAUUACAUACUGUAGCAAUUAGAAAAUGUAUCCAUAAAUUCAUUGCAUUCCUAUGUGUAAGCCAGUACCUGGAUUCUAAUUUGUUGAUACAUUUUCCUGACCAUUUGUGCAAAGAUUUUCUGUAUAAAUGUCCAUUUUUUUUGCCCUACAUUUAUACUAUCCAAACAAAAAUGAAAAAAGAGGAAAUAUUGAAUUAAUAUAUUUUUCUACUUGGUCAGCCCAGAAUUAAAUAAACACUAUAACUAUU